AGACUCUGGGCUGGGCUGAGGCGAUUUUGCAGUUUACGAUUACGUGCCUCAUCAAGCUGCCUCGACACGGAAUCUAGCCCGCCUUCAUCUCUGGCAGCUUUUGCGACGGAGCGUACUCGCCCUCCUCGCCCUCCAGUCCCUCGUCACGCCACCCGCCGGGCUGUCCUAAUUGACCAUCGACCUGGGCCAUUGUCGCUGCGAUUUACGGCUAAUUCCUUUAAUUCUUUGGUGCCACCAUGUCCAGCCAAUUCCCCUCGAUCCCGCCCGCGAAUCCCACGCCAGUCGCCGCGAUCCCUACCGACUCGUCGCUAUGGGACAGGAUAUCAACAUGGGCUUCUGACAACAAAGCCGUCGUCUACACCAUUGCCGGAGUGGCCGUGGUUGUGACUGGUGCUGGCGUCGUCUACUACGUUAAUGGCUCGGGAUCCAAGAGCGACUCACCCCCAAGGCUAAGCAAGAAGGAGCGCCGGAAACGAAAGGAGGCCGAGAGGAAAGCGGACGCUGCCGAAAAGGGGUCGUCAGAUUUCAAGGGCUUGGAUGGCAAAAAGACAUCUGGCCUGUCCGACCCGAAAGCCGCUUCCGUCGCCAGCAGCGACGACGACUUUCUCGAUAUAACCGAGGAGACGAUCGAGACACUCUCGCCGGACGAGCGCAAGCAGCGCGCCGCUAAGUUGAAGGAGGCGGGCAACAAGUCCUACGGCGCCCGUGACUAUGCCAAGGCUAUCGAUCUUUACACCAAGGCGCUCAUGUGCACGCCGAAUCCCGUCUACUACUCCAACCGCGCUGCGUGCUACAGCGCCCAGAAGGACUGGGAGAAGGUGGUCGAGGACACGACGGCUGCUAUCACCCUUGAUCCCGACUACGUCAAGGCCCUCAACAGGCGAGCGGCCGCUUACGAGAACCUAGAAAAGUACAGCGAGUCCCUGCUCGACUACACUGCCAGCUGCAUUAUCGACAGUUUCAAGAACGACUCGAGUGCCCAAGCUGUCGAGCGCUUGCUGAAGAAGUUUGCCGAGUCCAAGGCGAAGGAAAUCAUGGCCACCAAAGAGCCCAAGCUCCCGAGCCCGACCUUUAUUGGAAACUACCUUCAAAGCUUCAGGGCGAAGCCCCGUCCCGCCGGCCUGGAGGACACGGUCGACCUUGCCGAGGACACGGGCAAGGGGCAACUCCAGCGUGGUCUCGCGGAGCUGGACAAGAAGACCGGAGAUAGGUACGAAGCUGCCUCGGCCGCCUUCGACAAGGCAUUGGAGCUCGGCGACCUAGGAGAGUAUGAGGCGCUUGCAUAUAACAUGCGCGGUACCUUCAAGUGCCUACGCGGCAAGCACGAGGAGGCAUUGGCCGACCUGACCAAAUGUGUUGAGCUGGACCCGACCAUGACCCAGGCGUACAUCAAGCGGGCCAGCAUGUACUUGGAGCUCGGUAGGACGGGCGAGGCCGAGGCCGAUUUCGAGACAGCGCUGGAGCAUGACGAGAGCGACCCCGACAUCUUCUACCACAGGGCGCAAACCCAUUUCAUCAAGGGCGAGCUACCCGAGGCGGCCAAGGACUACCAGAAGUCCAUCGACUUGGACCGCGACUUCAUAUUUUCUCACAUCCAGCUCGGCGUCACGCAAUACAAGAUGGGGUCCAUCGCAUCCUCCAUGGCCACGUUCCGUCGCUGCGUCAAGAACUUCGAGAAGGUCCCGGAGGUUUACAACUACUUUGGAGAGCUCCUUAUGGACCAGAACCGCUUCCAGGACGCCGUAGAGAAGUUUGACACGGCCAUCGAGCUGGAGAAGUCAGCGCGGCCCACCGACAUGAACGUGCUACCCCUGAUCAACAAGGCUCUCACUCUCUUCCAAUGGAAGCAAGAUUUCAACGAGGCAGAGAAGCUUUGCGAGAAGGCACUGAUUAUUGAUCCCGAGUGUGACAUCGCAGUCGCCACCAUGGCCCAGCUCCAGUUGCAGCAGGGCAAGGUAGUCGAGGCCCUCAAGCAGUUCGAGCGUGCUGCCGAGCUUGCCCGGACAGAGGGUGAGCUGGUCAACGCGCUGUCGUACGCAGAAGCCACCAGGACCCAAAUCACGGUCCAGGAGAAGUACCCCAAGCUAGCGGCCCGCCUGCAAGGUAUGGGCCCUGGGGCGAUGGGUAUGGCGGCCGCGUAGUUUGACUGCUAGGCGAGUGGCGAGAGUUACGUAAAGCAGAGCCGGUGACGAGUCUGCCGUGGGCGUUUUGAUGAAUAGGCGAUGAUGUCUGUACGAGUUAUAUAUCGGCUUUAAAAGCUGGCUAGCCAAGCCGCUCUGUCAUUAAUGGUUCAUUGGGUCGUGACGGAAGCGGGUAUCAAAAAUGGGGGGCGCACUUUACUAUUUUUCUUCCUGUUUUUCUUUUGUGCCUUUUGGCUGUCCCUGUCCCGCUGCCGCUGCUGGAAGUCGUCGGGGGAUGGCCGUCUAUGGGGCUCAUGCGUCGGGGAGGGGCAUCAGACCACCUCGUUGGUCGUGGCUACGUACCUAUGCCGUUGUCGGAGCAGACGACAGAGGUCGUUAUUGGGGGGCGGGUCGACCCGAGUCCUCGCUCCAACGGCGACCGCAAAACAGCGAAGGAGAAGAGAAGAAAGGCCCAUCCCGUCCAGAGCUGUUGGUUUUUUUUUUUGGUUUCUUUCCGCUUUUUGCCUGCCAUCUAUCUGUUGCGGCUUGAGCUUUGGGAACACGGAAAGCCGGGCCAUGUGUAC